AUGACUGCGGAGGAAAAAACCGACGACGCCGAUGUCGACCGAGACGCGUCGACGACGACGACGGCGACGACGGAUGCGCCGGUGACGGCGAACGAACGACGAACGAUCACGCUUGGGUUGCGAAUCACGCACGCGAGCGCGAACGUGCCGAGCUUGGCGCACUUGAUGGAGACGCACGAGAUCGAAGUCGACGCGGACGGCGCGGACACCGCCGCGGACGUCAAGCGGAAGCUCGCGGCCAAGGCUGGCGUUCCCGCGCACGAGCUCUGCUUGCGUUGGUUCGAUAACGUCAUCGGUCGCGAGCACGUCGGUCAGGACGUGUCCAUCGACGAUCGCGAUACGCUCGCGAAAUUCAACAUCCCGCGUUGGCUCGAAAAGUUUCCCCACUGGCGAUGCACGCUGGCCUUGCUCGAUCCCGCGCCGCGCGACCCGUACGAAGCCAUUCACACCGCCACUGCGAUUCACAAAGGGAUCAAGGACGUCGACAAGUACGUCGACGAUUUGCGCGGCACCGACGACUGGACCGAUCUCGUCAAGUAA